CAUAACCAACAAAUGUCUGGACAUUAAAUCAUUACUCAACCCUAGAGUCGUAGUCAAUAUCAAAGCAACAAUAAUAUCUUAACAGCUCAACCAAUUCAGUAGUAAUCACAAAAUCCUCUGAAUUAUCCAAGUAAUGCCAUUCCUGCACCUUUCAUGCCUCCUCAAAUGAAUCAAUAAUAAUAUGCAUAAUCACAAGUAUACCAACCAAAAUUGAUGGAAAACACUGUGAGAAUGUAAUAGCAACCUGAAACACAUUGUCCAUUCUGCUUGACUUGCUAAUAACAUAAGACUGAUCUAUUAGCAAGGUAGGACGCAUAGAAAGCUAAACCUUAAGGUAAUGGUAAUUUUCCAGAAUAUGAAUAUGGUGUUUGUCCUGAUUGUGAGGGGGAAACUGGAGAAGGAGAUCCAGAAGAUGAUAUUGGAAAGGAAAAUUAGAAACUUCGAGAUGACAUUGCUGCCAAAGCCAAAGCGAAUAGAAAGUUGAGGAAUGAUGUGGCUCGAUUAUAAACUGAAUUAGAUAGAAUCAAACAUUUGCCAGAGGAAAAUGAGAAAUUAAAAGCCAUGAUAGGCCCGUUGGAAGAUUAACUAAGAGAUGCUAGACAUAAGAAUUAAGAUUUACUUGAUGACAAUAAUAAAUUGGGAAAUGUAUUCUUAUUAAUUAUCCUUAUAGUAAGUCAAGGAUCUUAGAAAUAAUAUAGAUAAAGCUAAUAAUGCAGCCAAAGAUAAUGAUAAUAUGAAAAAGGAAAUUGAGGAACUAAAAAAGAAGAAUAAGGAUAACGAUAAAGUAAUGGAAGAGAACAAUGAUCUUAAGAAUAAAUUAAACAGAUUGAAGGGAGACAGAGAUAAAAUGCUAGCAGAUUUAGCUGCCUUAGAAAAAUAGAAUGGAGCAAUCAAGUAAUAAAUUAUUCAGAAUUAAGGGAUAAAUUAGGAAAAUUAGCCAAAGAAAACAAUGAUCUCUAAAAGGAUUUGGGAGAUUUGAAGAAGGUAAACAAGGAUUUGGAAAAGAAAUGCAAUGAUCUACAAUUAGAUAAUGACAAUUUACAUCUGAAUCUGGGUGAUGUUAAAGGAGACAGAGAUAAAGCCAAAGAUCAAUUAAAUGAUUUACAUAAAAAUAGGAAUCAAUUGCUUGAUGAAUUGGGUAAAGUGAGAGAUAAAUUAAAAGACGCAGAGUAUCCAUUUAAUAAUAUUAUUAUUCUAGGAAGGAUAAAGAUGAUCUGGGUAAAAAAUUGAAUACUGUAUAAAAUGAUGCAAAAAAGGCAGGUGAUGUACCUAAAUUGAAAAGAUAAUUGGACAAUGCCUUGCUAGAAUUAGAUGACUUAAAAGCUGAAAGAUAGGAAUUAGAGUAUUCUAAAUUAUUAGUAUUUUAGUGAACAUUUAAAAUAAGUUCAUGAUGAUUACAAUAAGGCUUUGAAAAUACUGAAAGACAACGGUCUCUUAGGAUUAUUGGAUCCAUCUGAAUAGCAACCUAAUUAGAAACCACCAAACACAAAUGGGUAAUUAGGUCCAUCUGGUUAAGCCUACAAUCCUAAUCAAUAACCUCUCUAUGGUCCGAAUGGAUAACCUCUCUAUGGUCCUUAAAAUGGUUAGCCUGUUUAUGGACCAAAUGGAUAGCCCAUUUAUGGACCCAAUGGCCAACCUGUUUAUGGUUCUCCUGGUUAAUAUGGAUAGCCAAGUUAAUAAGUUAACAGUGCGUAUUUGGGAACUCCGAAUCAAGUUUCUUAGAACAAAAUUGGAAUGAAUCCCAUGAAUUAGUCAUAUUAAUGGGGAGGUGUUAGUGGAAAUGCCGGGAGACCCUCAUAUGAAGAACUCAUGUUGGAUAAUAUUAGAAUGAAGAAAUGCAUUGAUUAGUUAAACUAUGAUCUAAAAAAUAGUAAAAAAUGAUUUAUCUGAAUAAAAC